GAUAUAGUGAAUGCAGGGUCCGGGUAGACCAGAUAUAGUGAAUGCAGGGUCCAGGGGAGACCAGAUAUAGUGAAUGCAGGGUCCGGGAGAGACCAGGGUAUAGUGAAUGCAGGGUCCAGGGGAGACAAGAUAUAGUGAAUGCAGGGUCCAGGGAGACCAGAUAUAGUGCAUGUCGGGUCCUGGGAGACCGGAUAUAGUGAAUGCAGGAUCCGGGGAGACCAGAUAUAGUGAAUGCAGGGUCCGGGGAGACCGGAUAUAGUGAAUGCAGGGUCCAGGGAGACCAGAUAUAGUGAAUGCAGGGUCCAGGAAGACCGGAUAUAGUGAAUGCAGGGUCCGGGGAGA